AUGGAAAUGUCAACGAAUAAGAAAAUCCUUUACCCCCUCAUUUACGACCCCAAAGACACGUCAACUCCUCACCUCCCUCACUCUUCCUUUUCCUGCUCGAUUAGAACCUGCAAAAACCCUCUUUUCUUAUCCAAAAACCCUAAUCGAAGCAACCAAGAGAAGGUGAUUUCAUAUGUUAAAGUCGAAAUUGUGUAUGUAAUGUGGCAAGUCAGACCAAAAAACGAAGUUUUGGAGGUAUCAUCUAUGUAUGCUGGUGCACCCACAUGGUUUAGUAUUAAGCUACAUCAUGAUGGGAAGAUUACUAAAUUACCUGAUAUAAAGUAUAUUGGAGGUGAAGUGCGUUAUAUUGAUUAUGUGGACAUAUAUGGGUUCUCUGUACAUGAACUUGAUGCCAUAAUGCUUGACCUAAGUUACCCAGACCCACAGAUGACUGAAGUAGUUGAUGUCUCGGAUUCCCCAGUAAUAUACUACCAUUUUAAGAUAGUCAAUGGCGACUUUCAAUUUGGUCUUAGAGCUUUAGGGAAUGAUCAUGAUGUUAUCAAUAUAUGA